UGCUUCUGAACGCUAAAAGCCGCACUGUUGGGCGAUUGGAAUUUUCCCCAGUGACGUAAUGGUGUACCAAUUGCAGAGCGCAGUUUUGAAAGAUAGAUGUCACUGGGUGCGCUUAGACCAAUCAGCAGGCGGAGACGAUGUGGACGGAAAAGAGAUCCAAAUUCAAACGCCCGGGAAAAGUAUUGUUAUUGUUACGAUAGGGAGUUGCCAAAUACUUUUACGAGUACGCGUGCGCAAACCAUUUGAAGGAAGAAAACGAGGCAAAGCAAUGGCAUCUGUGUUUCAUAGUGUUACUGCAACAGUAGGUUGGAGGAACCAUGACAUUCUUGAAGAUUUUGAUGAAAAUGAUAGUCCAAAGCCAGAUAAAUUCCGGAAACUUCCAUCCAAUUCACUAAAUACUUUCCGUAUGUCCUUAAGGAAGAGACUACCGCUAAAAGCUGUGGAGAUAAACAUUGAUGAGAAUCCGAGCUGGGAGAGUCUGGAACUGAAGAAAAAAGAAGGUGCUGUCCAGACUGUUAGUAGGACUGCUAAAAAUGCAUUUGGAACAGUGUCACAGAAAGUACAGAAGAGGUGCCAGUCCUCUAAUAAACACUUAAUGACUACUCCUACUAAGGGUAGAGCACCUAGAAGGCAUAGCGGCAUGACUGCAGCGAAGAAAAGCAUUCCGGCUUGUACACCGCAAAAGACUGAUGGUAGUGUAUCUGCUACUACCACUCCCAUAGCAAACUCUAAGCAAACUCCAGCAUCAAGCAAAAGGCGUAGUCACUGGUCUGGAACUCGAAACAAACAUUUAGAUUCUGACCAGAAGCAGCGGAAGAGUCUGUCCGCCUGGGUUGGUAAUGGUACAUCAUCAGUGAGGAGAUCUGUUCGAGCAACUGCACUCAGGAGCCCAUAUGCAUCACCUGCUCCACUUAAAGGAAGGUUGUUUGACAAAGAUCUUGAAACGGUGUCCACAGGAAUUCGACAACUCAAGCGUCUCUCUCAAGCUUUUGACUAUGUCAUCGUGAAAGAUGAAAGGGAGCAGGCAAUCGCUAACUAUCAUCAUUUAAUGACCAGAAACUUGCAGUCUGCGACACAGUAUCGAAAAGUUUGCAGAUUGACACUAAGGCGAAGUACAAGGAAAAUCCAAAAAGCUGUCCACACCUGGACUAACAAGAAGUUAAUCGGCCUUAUUGGUACUAACACUGAUUACUAACUGUGUAACGCAUAUCAAACUGUAGUGUUUGGACAUUCUGUUUCAGUUGUCAAUAUAGUAUGUGAAACGACUUGGAAAUAUGAAGGACGACUUCAGUUUUGUGAAGGAAAAGAGCGAAUGUUUAAAAUAACUGUUGAACUUCACAUUUUUGCUAAUGGUGAAAAGUAAAUGGUGAGAUUAUUUUUAAAGGUGAAUGUCCUGUAUUUUAUUUACUUUUUUUCUCCAUUUUUAAAGACUGAUUAUUUCUUUCACGUAAUGCAGUUAGUUGACUCUUAAAAGCACUGAAAUAGUUGGCUGCUUAGCUGUUUACUACAUUGCCAUGUGGUGUGACCUCUGCUCUGGCAAUAUUCAUGUGUGCUACACAUGACCAGCUAAAUGAUAUGUUAAGUGCUAAAAUAAUAUUUACAAAAACUGAAAUAUCAUUUAAUACUUGUUUUGUUUUUGUAAUAUUUGUACACUUGUCUACCUUUCCCAUAUGUAAUGUAUUUCUUUUUCACUUGAGAAGGUUUCAUAGUCCUUGUGAAACUAUUUCAGACUUGUUCAUAGGAAGGUGCAGCUUUCACACCUGAGCUGUUACUGUUUUGGGCAAUGGCAUCAUUGCUUCCCCCCCCACCCCAAACCAUACCCCAAAAAAUUGAAUUGCAGCUGCUGUCAGUGUG